UCCAUCUCUCUCUCUCUCUCUGCUGUCAGAAUUAGUAGAUUUCCUUUAUACCAGCCAAAGAAAUGGCCAAAAGACAGUUUUCUUGUUCACUUCUUAUUGCAUUUCUAAUCUUUCUCUUUACCUCAUCUUUAGCAACAGCAGCAAGGUUUAAUGUGUUGAAUUAUGGGGCUAAGCCUGAUGGCAGAACUGACUCAACCAAAGCCUUUCUUGCUGCAUGGAAACAAGCUUGUGGCUCAAUUAAGCCAGCCACUGUUUAUGUGCCAUCAGGGAGAUUCUUCCUGAAAAAUGUGGAGUUUCAGGGUCCAUGCAAGAGUAAUGCUAUCUUAUUUCGUAUAGAAGGAACCCUUUUUGCACCAUCAGAUUAUAGAGUUAUUGGCAAUGCUGGUUAUUGGCUUUACUUUAAGCAUGUCAGUGGUGUUACUGUUUCUGGUGGAAUUCUUGAUGGACAAGGUCCUGGUCUGUGGAGUUGCAAAUCUUCUGGCAAGAAUUGCCCCACUGGCGCCGCGUCACUUGGCUUUUCCAAUUCAGAGAACAUAGUCAUUAGUGGAGUAACUUCACUAAAUAGCCAAUUCUUCCACAUGGUGAUCAACGGCUGUCAAAAUGUAAAGAUACAAGGGGUUACAGUUUCAGCUUCAGGCAAUAGCCCUAACACUGAUGGCAUCCAUGUACAACUUUCAAGUGGGGUAACAAUCUUGAACUCUAGGAUCAGAACCGGCGAUGAUUGCAUCUCAAUCGGUCCUGGUACCAUUAACAUGUGGAUUGAAAAAAUAGCAUGUGGCCCUGGCCAUGGAAUCAGUAUUGGUAGUUUGGGGAAUGAUCUUAAAGAACCUGGGGUGCAAAAUGUGACAGUUAAAACAGUUAUAUUUACUGGCACUACAAAUGGGGUCAGAAUUAAAUCUUGGGCGAGACCUAGUAGUGGCUUUGCAAGGAACAUAAUUUUCCAAGAUGUUCUUAUGACUAAUGUCCAGAACCCCAUUGUCAUCGAUCAAAAUUACUGUCCUGACAACAAUAAUUGUCCUGGUCAGCAAUCAGGUGUUAAGGUCAGCGACAUCAGAUACCAAGAUAUCCAUGGAACAUCAGCAACAAAAGUGGCAGUGAAAUUUGAUUGCAGUAAGAAGAACCCAUGCACUAAGAUCAAAUUACAAGACGUGAAGCUGACUUACAAGAAUCAACCAGCUGAUGCGUCUUGUAACAAUGCCGAUGGAACAUCUUCUGGAUUUGUUCAGCCUUCUAGCUGUCUGUAGGGGAAACCAUCAACUACAAAUUUCAAUUGUCAGAUUUCUUUUUUGUCCUGUCAAUUGUAUAGGAUGGGAGGAACAAAAAAAAAGAAAUCAAAUGGGUGUUUGUAAUAUGAAAUAUGAAUUGAAGUAGCUCACUGAAAGAGGCCUAUUGCUUGAGCCUGGGGCGUUUCCAGCGCCUAAGUCCUAAUAGUACGGUUGCUUUGGAGCCCGGCCUUGCAAUCAUAUAUUGGAAUCUAAAUAUUUAAA